GAGGGAGGGCAGGGACAAGAUCCCUAUCUAUGGGAAACAAAAGAAAGUAGUUUGGAGAAUUCAUUAGCAAACACCAUCUGGAUGUGAUGAAAACUAUUUUGGUAUUUCCAGUGCUUUAGAUCCAUGGCUUGGAUUGUGGAGGAAGCAAAGGAAAAGGACAUAAAAUGCAUCACAAGAGGCAGAGGAAAGGAAUAGGAGAUAAAUUUACCCUGUAUUUUCCCUUUUCUACAGCCUCCCUUCAAAGCCUAGUCUUUCUCAACUGUGCAUCUGCACCACUCUGGUAUUCUCAUGUGUCUCUUCUUGCACUGGUCUCCAGGAGAAUGGCUUCCUAGUGAUCUGAGAAGAAAUGGAAUCUGCUCUCUAGAGUAGAAGCGGCUACCAGUGAGCCAGUUUGCUGAAGCCAGUCAUGGCUGCAACAAUGAGUCCCCAGGCAUACCCAUCCUCAAGUGAGGACUCCACAGAGGGACAGAAGUCAGCCCUUCCCAGCAAUGGCUCUGACUCUGAAACUUCCCGCCAACGCUUCAGGCACUAAUGCUCCCAGGAGGAGAUCCAGACCUGGGUGAGGGAGCAACAUCCAGAAAAUGGUGAGGAAGUUGUGGCUGUAGUUGAGGAUGUACAGAGUGCGUCUGGGCAACAGAGUCCAGCAUGUUUCUGUUCUCUCAGGUCUUGAUAUCACAAAUGGAAUUAAAAACAAGAAUCAAAAAUGGGAAGAUCCAGAGAAGGCAGAAGUGAAGAAGGCCCUUUGGACAAAGUCUAGUGGCCUUUUUUGCCAGCCUGAGACCAAGAGAGACAGGAAGGGUGAGCCUAUGCCGAGAGAGCCACAUAGACGUUCUCCAGAUGAGCGUGAGGGGCCGGCCCUGUCCCAGGACAGGGGUCAGCAGACACUCUGUGCUGGAGAGAAGGCCCGAGCAAAUCUGAGCAGAGAAACCUGCUCUCAGGGAUCUCUCUGUCGCCACCAGCCAGGCCCCGAACUGGAAAAAGCUUCUAAGUGUCAGGAAUGUGGGAAAAGCUUUAGCCGAGGUCCUUACCUUGUUCGGCAUCGGAGAAUCCACACGGGAGAAAAGCCUGACAAGUGCGGUGAAUGCGGGAAAGGCUUCAGCGAGCGCUUCGACCUCACUGCCCACCUAAGGACGCACACGGGGGAGAGACCCUACCGCUGUGGGCAGUGUGGGAAAAGCUUCAGCCAGAGGUCCGGCCUCAGUGUCCACCGGAGGACCCACAAUGGGGAGAAGCCUUACUGGUGCACCGUCUGUGGGAAGAGCUUCAACAACAGCUCCCAGCUCAGCGCUCACCGGUGAGCCCAGGCCGGGCGGAGCCCCCACCUGUGUGCGCAACGUGGGAGAAGCUUCGGCAGCAGCUCCCACUCCAGUGGCCACCAGAAAACGCACACCGGGGAGAAGCCUCACAACUGCUCUAUGUGAGAGAAGUUCCGCUAAGCUCCGUGCCCCCAUCUGCCAUCAGGGGGCACACGAGGACCACACCUCACAUCGCCAGGAAAGGACACAUGGUACAGGGCUGGAGACCCAACAGGCCAAUUCCAUAUGUUGACGGGUCUCCUGGACGUUCUGUCUGCUCACGGAGGCUUCUGCUAGCCAGUCCCAGGCUCCCAGGCGCAGCAGGAGACUCACAAGUGGACCUCGAGAACCUCAGGCAGGAGUAGCAAUCAGUGUGAGAACGCCGAGCUUGCUUUCCCGGUCUGCCUGUGACCCACAGUCCUGUGUCACCGUGGACUUCCAUCUGCUCUCAAGAAAGGGGGCUGCGGGAUCCAAAGUCCUGCCAGAAUUCAAGGGUAACCGUGUUCCGAACAGAGGAUAGGUGGCUAGGGGCCUGGGAAGUGUUCCUAGGGCAGGUAAGGGGAGAAAUUUUCCCUCAUGGGAAGUACAUCUCGAAGUUAGCCGCCUAGAUGUUUCCUAACCCAAUAAUGACCUGUAGGCAUCUGCUUGCAGGAACGUCUACCUCCGAGUCGAUCACUGCUGUGUAUCCCAGUCACCCAGAGAAGACGGCAGAGCUGGAGGGAUGGCUCAGGCCACCAGGUACUACUACUCUAAGUGACUUAAUCUCAGAGCAAGUGUGACAUCUGGGUUCCUCUAAGAUUUCUCCCAUGUAUGGCCCCGACCCAGGUUCCAGCUUUCUGGUCUGGUACAGUUAACGGUUUCCACAGGUUCAUACGCAUCACUGUUUCUGAACAAAAUAAAGGUAUUUCUCUCUCCGC